AUUUGUACUGCGUCAUCACGUUUAUACGCUCACGUCUCAUCUCGCGAGACUGAGACGAAACGCUGGGCAGAGCUGACCUGCUGGAGUGGAGGAGUUCGACAUUUAAACGGCGUUCCGGGGCCGCGGGCUGUGUUAUGAACAGUGGGAGUGUUGGGCGGUACGAUAUAGGAACAGCAUGGUCGAAAGCUUGCGCAUACUAUGGGUUCAAAUCGGUUGACGGCAAGAGAACUGUGUGAGAAUGAUGACCUCGCGACUAGUUUGGUGCUUGACCCUUACCUGGGGUUUAGGACUCACAAAAUGAAUGUCAGCGCUAUGCCCACGAUAAGAAGGCAGCAUCACCUGAGAGAGGCUCUGCAAACAUUCCAUAAGAAAAAGGACCCAGAAGCUGCGUAUCAGUCACUAACAGCAGGAGAAUGGGCUCGUCAUUACUUCCACAGCCGUUCCCGACAACAAGAGAGUCUUCUCAAGGCACAUAUAUUCCGAUAUCUCCGGAUGUUUCUUCCAGAGAGUGGGUUCAUGAUUCUUUCCUGUAGUCGGUACUCUCUAGAAACCAACGGCGCAAAAGUUGUCUCCACGAAAUCAUGGUCAAAGAAUGAAAAGAUCGAACUCCUGGUGGGAUGCAUUGCUGAACUAAGCAAAGCAGAUGAGACCCUCCUUCGCUUUGGAGAUAAUGAUUUUAGCGUCAUGUACUCCACUCGGAAAAAGUGUGCACAGCUCUGGUUAGGGCCUGCUGCCUUUAUCAACCACGACUGUCGGCCAAACUGCAAGUUUGUACCAACAGAUGGAAACGCCGCGUGCGUAAAGGUUCUCAGGGAAAUCAAAUCCGGUGAAGAGAUCACAUGCUUCUACGGAGAUAGCUUUUUUGGAGAGAAAAAUGAACAGUGUGAAUGUUGCACUUGUGAAAGAAAAGGGGAGGGUGCUUUUAAGCAGCAAAAAACAGAGCAGACAGUAUCUACCUCAUUAGAAAAAUACCAGCUCCGUGAGACAGAUGGUCGUUUGAAGAGACUCCGCGAGAGUGCCUGCAAACAAUCCCAUCAAGUAACUACAAAGAAAAAGAAGCGUCCACAGGGUUCAAAAGUUAGACUAGCGCUCAGACUGAGAAGGAUUCCACCAUCCCGAAGAAAGAGAGUUUUCUAUCGAAGACUACGGACUCUUGCUUCCUCUCAUUUUUAUUCAUCUAGCCUAGCUAAGCACAUUUCCUUCAAGCCUGUGAAGAUUGCACUGCCCCGGGGUACUGUUUUAAGGGACGUGCGUAUCAUUUUGCAUAACUGCAAAAGAUGUAACAUGGCUUCCCGCUCUAAAAGCCAGCAUGAGGGGAAAUGCUGUAAACUAGGAAAGGUACCUUUGGUGUCCAUUCUCCGGGAAGACCUCAGUCCUGAAAAGCUAAAAUUUAGACUAAUCUGCCCUCCCACCAUUCAGACAGCUAAUAUAGAGUGCAAUGCCAAAGAUCGCUCUUUGCCUGAAGCAGGAAGCAUCAACAUGGAGCCAAUCACAACAGCCGAAGUGUGUGAACACGUGUCUUUCUCCCCUCUGCCGAGUCACAACGGAGAUGAAGACUCUUUCUAUGAGCCCGAAAUCCCCGGAUCAUUGUUGGGGCCUGAAAGUCCAUCUUCUGUUCUUGAAAGCGGUUCAGAAGAUGGACUUUCAGGCCCCAACAACGAUGAACCCAUUUCCAACAACUUAAACAUGGAAUGUCCUCCUCUUGAGCCUAUUGUUAAAGACACCGUGUAUCCUUAUGAUGGCAGUAAAAUGUCAGUGUCGCAUCUUCAUGCACUUAAACAGUUUGGGAUAACACGUUAUAUUAAAGUCGAUCUGAGGAAACAUGUCGAUUUACAAUCCGAAAAGUCUCAGCCUGAUAAAAGUUCAUCGGCAGCAAAUAGGAAACUGAAUCCUAAUCAUAUUCAUUCUCAUCAACCUCUUCGUUCAGACGACCACCUUCUGGCUAAUUUGAAUGCCAAAGCACAGAAUAAAGUCGUACUAAGAAAAGACGUCGCUUUAGAAUCUGAAAAGCCUCGGCCUGAUAAAAGUUCAUCGGCAACAAAUAGGAAACCAAACCUUAAUCAUAUUCAUUCUCAACUCCCUAUUCGUUCAGACGACCACCUUCCGGCUAAUUUCAAUACCGAAGCACAGAAUAACACCGUAGUAAGCCCAACUGCAAAGACGCCAAUAAGCGAAGCCUUAAACGGGUCACCAGAUCGUAAAGUUUCCUCUUUAAGAUCCAGAUCGGUAACAUUUAGAGAGACUUCAGACAACAAGAUCACCCUAUUUAAAAGGAGACGCAGUUCUGUUAAGCCAGGGGUACAAUGUGUAAAACUGAACGGACAUGUUAAAUUGACAGGUCAGAUUGUUUAUAGUAAACUCGAUCCGCCCACUAAGGCUGUAGCCAAGCACCUCACUCACACAAUGCACUCUGACCCUAAACUGUUGCUAAAGCCAUACGUCCAGUUGGGAAUCAACAACAAUUUAAAGAGGUCGUCAUUUACUGGACUAGCCCACAGCAAGGUUUUAACAGAGGAAGCCGUUAAAUUACACAACCCCCCGGCAUCAAAGCCGUCGACGGUAGGCGCAAAGAAAAAUGUGGCGUUUAACCCAUUCACCCCCUCCAAAAGACUGCGGCUGGUGGUCAGCCUUGGGUCUAUUGCUCUAGACAUGGCAUCCACGUCGAGUGAAGAAACCAAUUAAGAAGACCAAGGAGUUCUUUAACCAAAUAAGUAAAUGUUUGUGAGCAGUUGGGAAGGGUGAUGGCUAGGCCUUAGAUAGAAAGCUGCUUUGUCUCACCCACCUGCCCUUUUUUCUUCAAUAUUUUGAUUGGGUGCUACUGUUCAUUCCCCCUCUUUGUGUUUCAUAUGACUUCUAGCAUAGUAACUCAGCUGCAUUGGCUUAUUUUAAAGGAGAAGGAAAGCCACCAAAGCAGUUUAUUGCCAAUAGAUUAGCCUCGAUAGUGCAAGCUAUAAUGCUAUAUUUAUUCUGUAGAAUGCUUUACCAUACCUGAGUAAAGAGCUCUAGAAGCUCUUUGUUUGUUUAGGAUACAGCUGCCAUAUUAGCUUGUUUUGACAUCACUUCCUGCCUGAGUCUCUCCCUGCUCACUCAUAGCUCUGGGCUCAGAUCACAGCAGGAAUGGGACGAGGGGGCGGGGAGAGAGAAGCAAACUGAGCAUGCUCAAGCCCUAGCCCUGGAGGUUUAAGCUGAAAACAGGAAGUCUGAUUCAGAAGCCCAUGUGUACACAAUAGAAAGAAAGAAAUGUGGUGUUUCUUUUGACAGAGGACUCAGAGCGACAUUACUUUGAGGGUUUACUGGUGUAUUUAUAUAGACCUUUCUGAUAAAGCUUACUUACCUUUAGCCUUUCCUUCUCCUUUAAAGUUUAAUGCACCACUUUGCCUUAGUCUACAAAUCCUUCUGUACAUGUCCUCAAAGAAACCUCUUGUGUUGUCCUAGAGGUGUUUAGUUUUUUGUUUUUUUUUCUUCUCUUGUAAUACAGCCCUGUGCUUUG